AUGCCGAAAAUAAGCUCGGACUCGCUAUGGGAGCAGGCUGCGGCGGAGGUGCAGAGCCUGGAGGCUGCAGGCGAGGAGGAGGAGGCGGUCAGCGAGAGGACCGUGUUCCUGAUGGGGAGCAAGGCUGGGGUUUGUUCACUGCCAAGCCACAACACUGACAGUACAUGCCUCGACAGGGAUGAACCAUCCAAGCCAACUCUGGCUCUGGAGUAUACUUUUGGCAGGACCCGAGGACACAACACACCCAAAGACAUAGCCCACCUAUGGGAGCUGGGAGGAGGGACCUCUUUGUCAGACCUGGUCCAGAUCCCCAUCUCUCCAGCCAGCAUCAGGUCUCUCUCUGUCAUCCUCAUUUUGGACCUCUCUAAACCCAACGCCCUGUGGGGAACCCUGGAGAGGCUGCUGCAGGCAUCACAAGCUCAGCUGGAGAAAGUCUCUUCCCAGGCACAAAAAGCACAGAAAGCCAAACAUCAGACGCCUGUCCACUCAGCACGCGUCCUACCGAAAGACUAUCCUGACAGAGAGCUGAUCAGUCCCUUUCCUGUUCCUCUGCUCAUCAUCGGCAGUAAAUAUGACCUUUUUCAGGAAUUUGACUCUGAUAAGAGGAAGGUAAUAAGUAAAACACUGCGCUUUGUCGCCCACUACUACGCAGCCUCUCUGAUUUUCACUAGCAUCAAGACAGAGAGCCUGAUGUCAAAAACCAAAGGCUUCUUCUCUCACAUGGCUUUCGGUCUGGACAGAGGGAAAACUGUGUGCUGUGACUGCACCAAGCCCCUCAUCAUUCCAGCAGGCUCCGACUCCUUCAGCCAAAUCGGUUCCCCUCCUGCUACUGAUGUUGACAUCACUUCUCUGCAUGCCAAAAACCCUAAGGACCUCUGGAAGAAAGUCUACGAGCUUGUCUUCCCCCAAGAGUCUACCAGUGAGCAGAGGGAGCUAAAGGAUCCAGCCAAAGACCCCCAGUACAGUGAUCCUCAGAUUGAUGCCAUGAGAGCCCAGAAAGAUCAGGAGUUGGAGCAGUAUAAGAGGGAAGCAGCUAAAUCAUGGAAAGGACUGGAGCUGGAAACAUGAGAUCAUCUGACUUAUAUUCACACAAACACACACCACAUAUUCAUGUAAAUACAGUGUACUUAUUUAUUCCCUUUUGUGUCAUUAUUUUUUUCAAACCUAACAAAACUACUUGUAUACUAAUAAUAAAAUA